AUGCUCACAUUUCCAAUUAGUGUUUUGAUGCAAACAUCGGCAAGCAGUGUUGUGAUGCAAACAUUGCCAAGCAGUGUUGUGAUGCAAACAUCGUCAAGCAGUAUGGUGAUGCAAACAUUGCCAAGCAGUGUUGUGAUGCCAACAUUGCCAAGCAGUGCUGUGAUGCUCACAUUUCCAAUUAGUAUUGUGAUGCCAACAUUGUCAAUCAGUGUUGUGAUGCCAACAUCGCAAAUCAGUGUUUUGAUGCUCACAUUUCCAAUCAGUGUUGUGAUGCCCACAUUGCCAACCAGUGUUGUGAUGCCAACAUUGCCAAGCAGUGUUGUGAUGCACACAUUUCCAAUUAGUUGUGUGAUGCAAACAUUGCCAAUCAGUGUUGUGAUGGCAACAUUUCCAUUCAGUGUUGUGAUGCCAACAUUGCCAAGCAGUGUUGUGAUGCAAACAUUUCCAAUAAUAGUUGUGAUGCCAACAUUGCCAAUCAGUGUUGUGAUGGCAACAUCUUCAAUCAGUGUUGUGAUGCCAACAUUGCCAACCAGUGUUGUGAUGCCCACAUUGCAAAUCAGUGUUUUGAUGCUCACAUUUCCAAUUAGUGUUGUGAUGCCAACAUUGCCAAGCAGUGUUGUGAUGCUCACAUUUCCAAUUAGUGUUGUGAUGCCAAAAUUCCCAAUCAGUGUUUUGAUGCUCACAUUUCCAAUCAGUGUUGUGAUGCAAACAUUUCCAAUAAUAGUUGUGAUGCCAACAUUGCCAAUCAGUGUUGUGAUGGCAACAUCUUCAAUCAGUGUUGUGAUGCCAACAUUGCCAACCAGUGUUGUGAUGCCCACAUUGCAAAUCAGUGUUUUGAUGCUCACAUUUCCAAUUAGUGUUGUGAUGCCAACAUUGCCAAGCAGUGUUGUGAUGCUCACAUUUCCAAUUAGUGUUGUGAUGCCAAAAUUCCCAAUCAGUGUUUUGAUGCUCACAUUUCCAAUCAGUGUUGUGAUGCCCACAUUGCCAACCAUUGUUGUGAUGCCAACAUUGCCAAUCAGUGUUUUGAUGCUCACAUUUCCAAUCAGUGUUGUGAUGCCCACAUUGCCAACCAGUGUUGUGAUGCCAACAUUGACAAUCAGUGUUUUGAUACUCACAUUGCCAACCAGUGUUGCGAUGCCCACAUUGUCAACCAGUGUUUGA